GAAAAAGAUUCUUUAAGUUAGCAACACUGUUAAAUGCUUUAUUGUCAUUUGGUUUGUUGUGGUUUUUAUUAUCUUAGACAGCCAUUCAUUGUAUUCUUUCGUUUUCAUCUGUAUACAAAAUAACAAUGAGUACUCAAGAUUUACAGGAAUCAUCGAAGAGUGCAAGGAAGUCUCUUAAAACCUUGCAACAAACGGCUAUCGACAGUGAGAAUCUAGUGGGUAGACCAACAAAAAAUCUUAAGCAUCAACUUAGCCAAGAAUCUGUCGUGGAUAUAGAAGCGAAAAGAAAGAACUUGUCUUCAAAGGAAACUCAGGCUAAUCUUGAGAAUAAAAUAUCUAUUGAAGAUCUUACAAACCCUGAAGCAUCAGAAAAAUAUUGGAAAAUCUUGGCUGAGAAACGACGAGUUGCUUUAGAAGAAGCCUUGGAGGAAAAUGAAAAGCUUCAUAAAAUAAUUGCAGAAUUAAAGAAAGAGAACCAACAAAUCAAACAAAUGUUAGAAGAAGCCAAUUCCUUUAUAGAAGUAGUCAAGGAGGAGCUUUCUAACACUAAUGAUGAUACUGGUAUUGAUGUUAAUGAUGUCAGCACUCUGGAUGUAUCCACCGAAGAGGAAACUAAAACCAAUGAAUAAUAAUUAGACUUAAUAUUAGACAUUUGGCAAUUUCAUAAUUGCAGAUUUGUAAUAUAGAUAUUAUUAAAAUAUGGGAAUUAUAUUCCAAAAAUAAAAUAUAAUUUUUAAGUAGGUGGCAUUUAAACCCAAACCUUCUAUGUUAAUAUAACUUUAAUCAAUAAAUUAGUAGAAUAUGA